CGUUUUUUGUGCUGAACCGUGGACGUGAGUAUUGACCAGAAACGGUCCAAAGGGCGCGACGGCGCGUUAGUUAAGUUGUCAUGUGUUACUGAAGCAGUGUUUAACGAGGCGCUCGAGCUGCAGAUGCACGUCCCCCUUCGACCACUGCGCAUCCUCCGGUCCCUGCUCUUCAACAGUCGAACGGUCGCCCCACAGCGCAGACGCCGGUCCGCUGCAGCCAUGCGCCUGGUGCAGUUCCGUCGCCACGGCGACAGGGACGACGUGAUCCGAGUGGGGGUGGAGCAGGGCGAGGGGCGCGGCGUGGUGGACCUGCGGGCGUUUGACCCGUCCACGCCCGCGACGGUGCGAGAGCUGCUGGAGCUGGGGGAUGCGGGCCUGGAGGCUGCGCAGAGAGCCCUGACAUCCGGUCAGUGUGUGGUUGAGCGAUCCCACAUCCGGCUGCUGUCUCCGGUGUCGUCCCCCGAGAAGGUGGUUUGUGUCGGCAUGAACUACCGAGAUCACUGCCUGGAGCAGAACGCCCCGAUCCCCAAAGAACCCCUCAUCUUCAGCAAGUUCCCCUGCGCCAUCGCAGGGCCGUACGAUGACAUUACUCUGCCCGCAGAGAGCCAGGAGGUGGACUGGGAGGUGGAGCUGGCCUUCGUGAUUGGACGACAAGGCAGACGCAUCAAGGAGGAGGACGCGCUGUCCCACGUGGCCGGCUUCACCGUGGCCAACGACGUCAGCGCACGCGACUGGCAGAUGCGCAACGGGGGCCAGUGGCUGCUGGGGAAGACGUUCGACAGCUUCUGCCCUCUGGGCCCUGCCCUGGUGACCACCGACGCCGUGAAAGAUCCUCACAACCUGGGGAUUCGCUGCUUGGUUAACGGAGAAGCCGUCCAGAGCAGCAACACGGGUCAGAUGAUCUUCAAGACAGCAGCGCUGAUCGCCUGGGUCUCCAAGUUCGUCACGUUGGCUCCAGGAGACGUGUUCCUGACAGGCACUCCUCCAGGCGUGGGCUUCUUCAGAAAACCACCUGUGUUUCUAAAGAAAGGAGAUGUGGUGGAGUGCCGCAUAGACCAAUUAGGCUCCAUAAUCAACAAAGUGGUGUAAACCCGGAGACAAAGUGAAUGAAGGAACGUCUGUGCUGCACUUCUGACUCUUCACUUUACACACAAAAACAUUCAUUAAUUCUUGGUUUUAACAGAAUGUGUGAAAAGCUGUUGGAAAUGUGUGAAAAUGUGAGUUUUCUGCAGGAUACUACAGUAAUUGUGAGGAAGGAAAACGUGCUAUUUGUUACUAAAUGAAUCUGUAUAAUUACGUGA